GCGCUUGAGCACGUUAUUCACCGGGUGCUUGUCCCGAGGGCCCUUCGGUUGGGCUUCAACCCUUGGCUGUUGAAAUUUCCCCUGUCGCUCUACACUGGGCCGCGGUUCAUUUCGGCGCAGGGCCUGUGCGGGGACAUCGUCAAGGCCACUCGGACAAUUAUUGCUGGGUGUGCGUUUGCAGACCUGUUGAUGCGCUGCAUGAUCGUCCCCGACCUCGACGUCCAGGUCGGCGCUUUCAAGUAUGCCCAGUACGGCCGGCCGCUGCCCGCCGCGGCGAGAAAUUUGGGAGUGGACUUCGCGCUCGCGCUUCGCCGUGGGCUGCUCCAUCGCGUCCGGCAGAAACGCUUCAAGGGCGCAUCGCAGAGAGCGCGCCGAGCGGCGCGGCUCCGCAAGGCCGGCGGACCCGUAG